UCAGUCGGACGUCGGGUUGGCGCUGCAAUAGCACGAUCACGCGCGCGCCGUCCGGUUUACAAUCGUGUUUUUUCGUAUUUUUAUUAUUAUUAAUUUUACCAUUCGCGUUCCGUUUCCCUACGACCACGUUUAUAAUACCGUUUAUGGCGUGUCGCGAUAAAUAUUUUAAAUCGUAUAUUAAAUUCGUUGUAGGUACCCAUAUAUAUUAUAUUUUGAUACGUUUUUGAAUCUUAUUCCUGAUGUGCCACCAAAACACCGUGACAAAAUUAUCACCGCUGUGUACACAAUAAUAUAUACUAAAUCUGUUAGACUAUUGUAGUAUAUAGGCACCGUUGUUAUUGAUCAUACGCGGCUCCCGAGACUUCCGCAAUAAUGACCGAAAAGCCUAGGGUCGUAUCGGCGUGCAUGAAACGUAUCAUUCGGACCAACGGACGGGCGCAACAGAGACCUUUGAUAUCAGGCUUGGUGACGGCCACGUUGGGAGACCAUUCCGCCUGUGCCGGUGUUGGCGACGAGACGUUCAGCGGCCGGAGCGUGGCCGAAGUACGAGCCGGACACCUGUUGAUCCGGUGGAACGGGCCGGCCGGUUACUGCUGGAAGCUACUGCUCCGGUACCUAAACCUCACGGCCACCGAACACGCCACCUACGGGUUUAGUCUCGUGCGGCCCGGCUCCAAAUCGCCCAUCGUCACCGUACUGGUUCCUGUUAUCAAACGAGUAAGGCCACACAUUUGUUCGUACAUAAAUAAAGAUGAACGUUAA